AUGAACAUGGAGGUAUCAGAAUGUUUAAAAGAAUGGGAAGAUUUGAUUGUCGAUUACAAACGAUUAGAGACAAUAAACAAAGAGUAUGCAACAAAGUUGGAAGAAGUUGGUGAGCUUCAGGCAUCAUGUUUCAAAGAAUUGAACCAUCAAAAAUAUCGUAUGUCCAUCAUAACUAAUGCACUUAAAAGGUUGGAGAAAAAAGGGCACACAAAAGAUGAACGGAUAGCGAAUUUGGAGAAGGAAAUUAUGAAGAGGAAAGCCAUGUUACAUGAAAUUGAAGCGACCUUGCCCAAACAGAAUAGCCUCUAUUUAAAAAUUAUACUUGGCAACGUGAAUGUCUCCAUCCUAAAUAAGAAUGAUAAAUUCAAAUAUAAAGAUGAAUAUGAAAAAUUCAAAUUGAUCCUGAGUGCCAUAGCUUUUGUUUUAGCUGUUGCAAAUUUAUAUAUAGAUUUCAGGCCGCUACAAUUAAUAUUGAUAUUCCUCCUUGUGUGGUACUACUGUACGCUGACGAUACGCGAGAGCAUUUUGAAAGUAAACGGCUCCCGAAUCAAGGGCUGGUGGAGGCUCCACCACUUCAUAUCGACCGUGGUCGCUGGGAUCCUCCUUAUCUGGCCACAGAACGAGUCUUGGGAGGAGUUUAAACAUACAUUCAUGUGGUUCAUCGCUUAUAUCAGUGUCGUACAAUAUAUGCAGUUUCGGUAUCAGAGCGGCGUUCUCUAUCGGCUAAAGGCGUUAGGGGCUAGACAUAACAUGGAUAUAACGAUAGAGGGUUUCCACUCAUGGAUGUGGCGGGGUCUCUCCUACCUGUUACCGUUUCUCUUCGGCGGUUACAUUUUCCAACUCUACAUUGCGUAUACGCUGUAUCAUUUGAGCUACAACCCCGACGCGACGUGGCAGGUGCCUUACUUAGCCGUUUUGUUCCUUACGUUGCACGUCUGCAAUACGUACACGAUAUUCAACACGAUGUACAAGAAAAAUCACUUGCGCGGCGCACUCAAGUUGCGCUACAAAUUGCGAGCAAUUGCGUACCGGCUGUCCAAUGAGAUCGCGGAGUUGGAUCAAAAAUGGCGACAAAAUAAGUUCGAGCCAAAGCAAGAUUGA